AUGCUGCCCGCCGCCCGCGCGCUGCCGCCGCGCCUGCCCCGCCGCCCGCCGCCCGCCUGGCGCUGGGGCGCGACCGGGCCGCCCGCCGCCGGCCUGCGGGCGCUGGGCACGGGCCGCGCGCGGCGCUCGGAGGCGCUGGCCGGGGCGCCGCUGGACACGGCCGCCAAGGAGUACUCGCCCAAGGUGCGGCAGCUGGUGCGGGACAUCGCGGGGCUGACGCUGCUGGAGGUGGCCGACCUCAACGCGCUCCUCAAGGAGACGCUGAAGAUCCCGGACGUGGGGGUGAUGCCGGCGGCUGCCUCCCUCCUGCCCUCCCAGGCGGCUCCGCAGGAGGAGGAGGACGUCCCGCUCAAGAAAGAGAAGACGCAUUUCACCGUCCGGCUGACGGAGCUGAAACCUGCUGACAAGGUGAAGCUGAUCAAGGAGGUGAAGAACUUCGUGCCGGGAGUGAACCUCGUGCAGGCAAAGAAGCUGGUGGAGUCCCUUCCGCAGGAGAUCAAGGCUAACGCCUCCAAGGAGGAAGCAGAGAAGAUCAAAGCGGCGCUGGAGGCAGCAGGAGGGACUGUGGUUCUGGAAUAGGUGGCCUCGUCUCACCACGGAGGGACUGGCAUGACUGACGGCAGCCUUCCCCGCUGCCGCCUGCCCGGGCGCCGGCCGUUGCCUGCGCCGGGAUCCGGACGUUUCUGAGUGCGAGACGUCCCUUAGUCGUGCGGCGGGAAGCGAUCCGGUACAAGAACGCUGUACGGUUUUGGUGGGGCUGUUGUCUAGUUCCAGCAUCGCAAUGAACUCUACCUUCAUAAAUGUCCAACAAAAAAAAAAAAACAAACAAAAAACAAACAAAAACCCUGUAAAACGGUUAAU